AUGGGCUCCCGCGCCAAAUGGGAUCCUUUCGUCGACGGCAUUCUCGAGAUACGGGUUCGGAACUGGCUCGAGGCAGUGUUGAAAGAGAAGCUACCGCCUGAUACUGCCCUCGCGGAUACCCUUGCAGACGGCAUGAUCCUGUCACGGUUGACUGACAUCCUCUCGCCGUUCGCACCUAAGGGUGCUGGGAUCAACCAACGGCAGCAGCAGCAGCAACAGCAGCAACAGGGGUGGGGCACGAAGAUCAAGUGGGAUGCAAUGACAUUCACUGAUAACUUUCUCACGAUGUGCAAGGCGUUUGGGCUGAGCGCCAUCGACCUGUUCACAUCAACAGACGUGGUGGAGAAGAAGGGCACCAAGCGCGUCUGCCUCUGCAUCCGCGCCCUCGCCCUCAAGCUCAGAGCAGCCGGCAUCCUGGCGAUAGACUUUGAGCCGGCGUCGGCAGCAGCAGCGGUGAGUGUGGCGAAGCGCAUGCCAGCAGAGGGGGGCGUGGUGGACCGCGCAGUGAGGGAGUUCAUGGGUCCCAACUACAGGCGCGGGUGGGGUAGGGAGGACGUGCCUGCCAGCCAAUCAGGAUCGGAGAACAGCUUUGAACUUACUGGCUGGGGUGGCACUGUCGGUGCCGCUGGUGGCAGUACCAUCGGUGGUGGUGAUGGUGGUGAUGGCAGUGGUGGUGGUGGUGGUGCUGCUGCUGCUGCUGCUAGUAAGGCAGAGAGCCAAGAAGCGAAGCAGAUGGAGAAUGGGACGGGCAGGGGGAAGGUGUCAAGCCUCGUCAGCAAAGGUUUUAGCUCUGUCUGUAACGAAGCGGAACCUAAACCAAAAAGCGUGCCAGAUGUUCCUCCUGUCUCAAGACUGGACCCUCACAUGGUUUGGCCUCCCCCCUCCGACCGCCUGGCAGUCUCAGCGGAAGCAGCCGGCAGCUUCUAUGCCAGUUUGGAUGCUUCUCGUGAUCCGUCGCUCGAUGCGGUUACCACGUCAGCUGGCACAACCUCCUCGCUCACUGACGUCUCGGCAGGUGUUACAACUGUGUGCCAUUCUGAAGGCGAUGAGGAUUUGGAGUCUGAUUAUUCAUCCUGCCCGUCGUCGCCCCGGGCAGCGCCACAUGCCCCGUGGAGAGCUAUUGUUGGAGGGGCGAUAGCCUUCGUGGCUGAGAUCAACCACGGGGGCGCGGGAGGGCUGUACGCGGAACUGGUGCAGAACCGAGGGUUCGAGGCGGGCGGGCAGGAGACGCCCUCCACGAUCCACCCAUGGCUGCCCAUGGGGUCCGAGCCCCACGUGCUGCUGAGCACGGAGCGCUGCUCGCCCUUCCCACGCAACCCCAUCGCCCUUCGCAUCGACAUCCACUGCCCCGCUCCGCCAUCCCCUCGUGGAGACAGCCCCACGGCUCAGGGACUGCCAUUCCCUGCAGGGGGAAGGUCUGAGGGAGAGGGCGCGCAGAGAGCGGGCGAGGAGCACUUGGGGCUCCCCUCGCAAGGAGAGAAGAGGCAACCUGAGCCGGCUGUGGGCUGGGAGCAGCCCGCCCUGGGAGGUGGGGCCGCUGCACGAAAGAUGUCUGCUGCACGUGCGCUGACCCAAGGGGAGACACUGCAUGCGCCUGUGCGCGUAGUGGGGUUCUUUUCUUCCCCUGGGGGGCCCGCUGGGGUGGGCGUGUGGGCGGCUGUGAGGCAGUGGGUGGGCGGGCUGCUGGGGGUGACUCUGGCGGAUGGAGAUUCUCGAGGAGAACUCGCGGGGAGGCGUGGCGUUGGUGGUGGUGCGGAUGGUGGCAGGGGGAGGGAGCGAUACGGAGAGGAGGGGGAGGAGGGAGGGGACGGGCGUGUGUGUGAAGAUGGUGUGGGGGUGCUGAAUCCCGGCUAUUGGGGCAUGAGCAUAGUGCAAGGCCGUGCAUACAACAUCAUCCUGCAUGCGCGUGCCACGGCCCGCCUCUCUCUCCGUCUCUCCUUCCUCUGCUCGCCCGCCCUCCCUCCCCUUCCCCCCCUCUCGUCCGUCCCCACCGUCGGUUCAGCGCAUAUCAGCCUCAACCAAUCCAUGGCUGCCACGUGGCACCGCUAUGAGGCCACCAUCACUGCGACCGGCACGUGCCACAACGCCUCGCUGGCCAUCACCACUGGCAGCAUGACACGUGGCACUCUGUGGUUGGACCAGAUCUCAGCCAUGCCUGCUGAGACAUUCAAGUCCCACGGCAUGCGGGCAGAUAUAGCCUCAAUGCUGCAGGCUCUCUCCCCCGGCUUCAUGCGCUUCCCCGGCGGCUGCUACGUGGAGGGGGUGCGGCUCGCCAAUGCCUUCCGCUGGCGCUCCACCAUCGGCCCUUGGGAACUCCGCCCAGGCCACUUCAAUGACCGGUGGGGGUACUGGUCGGACGACGGGCUUGGUUUCUUCGAGUACCUUCAGUUUGCAGAGGAUCUGGGUGCUACGCCGAUUUGGGUCUUCAACAGCGGAAACAGCCACACAGACAGCGUCUUUACAGGCGCCCUUGCUCCCUUCAUUCAGGAGGUGCUUGAUGGAAUCGAGUUCGCACGAGGGCCGUCGGAUUCACGGUGGGGAGCAGAGAGGACGGCGAUGGGCCAUCCUGAGCCGUUCGAUCUGCGGCACGUGGGCAUUGGGAAUGAGAACUGCUACCAGGACAACUACAGAGGCAACUUCCUUCGUUUCCGGGCGGCAAUCAAGGCAGCAUAUCCAGACAUGGCGGUGGUGUACACGUGUGACGUCAGCAAGGGGCCUCCAGACCACCCUCCCACCGACCUCUACGAUUUCCAUUCCUUCGGCACAGCAGAGGGAAUUUUCAGCUUGGGCCAUUACUUUGAUGACAUCAGCAGGGAUGGACCCAAGGCCUUUUUGAGCGAGUUCGCAGUGCAAGGCGGGGGAGGGGAUGGCAACGUGCGGGCAGCAGUGGCAGAGGCGGGGUUUCUCAUUGGGCUGGAAAGAAACAGCGACGUGGUGGCAAUGGUGAGCUACGCCCCUCUGCUGGUCAACGUGCAUGACAGGAGCACACUCCCUUCUUUCCAAUGCCUCUUCUAA